UGUCGCCUGAUGAUGUUUUAACCCCGUACAAGACACAUCAUGGGCCCUUGCACAGACGACACAGAGAGACCAGGUCUUGUCAGUCAGUCAAGUACAGGAAUGUCACCCACACAAAACACGGGGCCCAGUCUGGAGCUACUACACUUCUCCCCCUGGUUGAGACUCAUCAUAUUGUAAAAGAGAUGGGCUCUUACAGCUGGGACAAGAAACCAGUCUACAUCAACCAUCAAGUGGUCAACAGUCCGUUAACCACCUGGUCAGUACUGGAACCGGUUCACCCUGGAACAUGCCAGAACGGCUCAGCUGAGAGAGCAACAGUCGAGGAGUCUUCACGGCAAAAACAGUGUCUGGUGGCCACCAAUGGCGGCUUCUUUAACACUCACACUGGAGAGUGCCAAGGAAACAUUGUUAGUGAUGGAUUCCUUGUUCGAGACUCUGGUGGCAUUCAGAACGCACAUUUUGGGCUCACCAAGGAUGGAUUUAUCUACACAGGAUAUCUGUCUGAGUUGGACCUGGUGCUUCAAGACUUCACUCAGUUGGUCGGAGGUGUUGUCUGGCUGGUCAGGGAUGGAGAGAACUAUGUUGAUGAAAGCAAGGCCAUCGAGUGCUCCGACACAGAAGAGACGGGGGCCAUGGAUCGCUUUGUCACAGUGAUGUCUGCUCGCAGUGCUGUAGGUCACGAUGCCAAAGGUCGCAUACAUAUGGUGCAGGUCAAUGGCAGAACUGAUGUUUCAGGACAUGUGUAUGUUCGGAUGUCUAUGUGGCCUUCACUGCAGACAUGUGUAUGUUCGGAUGUCUAUGUGGCCUUCACUGCAGACAUGUACAUGUGUAUGUUCGGAUGUCUAUGUGGCCUUCACUGCAGACACGUGUAUGUUCGGAUGUCUAUGUUUCCUUCACUGCAGACAUGUGUAGAGAUGUACCCCUCCUCCCCACACACAUGUGUGCCUACAUACGCACAGCACUUCUACCCAUGUGAGGCACAUGCACAUUAUACAUAUACACCACCAUAUUCCUCCUUUUCCUCCCCAAAUCCAAGCUUGUUAUUACUGCACAGCUACAAGUGUAACAAAU